CAGAACACGUCGCAGAACGUACAAGCCCACCAGCCCACUGUGAACAUCCUUGGCUUGUGAUCCACUGACCUGUCCUAGCUGACCACCCAGACUGCAGCUCAGUGAGGGAGUCACCCCACCCAGUGGCUUCCAACUUGCCCUGAAGGUGAACAGCAGCCUGAGGCCUCUCUACUGACAGGAGGAACACAUUUCUUUCUUGAUACAGGAUCCCACCCAUUCAACCCUCCUGCCUCAACUUCCCCGGUGGCUGAAACUGCAGGUGUGCAGAGCCAGCCGCACACCCUCUUCAGAGGAGCCUCUCAAGCCCAAGCAGUAGCUGGUGUUAGGCACCAUCUUGUAGCCCUGGAAGCCGCUGCCACCGCCACACGCUGCACCAACGUCCGUCAGCCUGACAGAGUUAGAUAUGAAUCCCGUGCACCCAGAAAACGAGGAAAUGGCCACCAAGGAGAAGCUGCAAUGUCUGAAAGACUUCCACAAAGACAUCCUGAAGCCUUCUCCAGGAAAGAGCCCAGGCACACGGCCUGAGGAUGAGGCCGAGGGGAAGCCCCCUCAGAGGGAGAAGUGGUCCAGCAAGAUUGACUUUGUGCUAUCUGUGGCCGGAGGCUUUGUGGGUUUGGGCAACGUCUGGCGCUUCCCAUACCUCUGCUACAAAAAUGGUGGAGGUGCUUUCCUCAUACCGUAUUUUAUUUUCCUGUUUGGGAGCGGCCUGCCUGUGUUUUUCCUGGAGGUCAUCAUAGGCCAGUACACCUCAGAAGGGGGCAUCACCUGCUGGGAGAAGAUCUGCCCCUUGUUCUCUGGCAUUGGCUACGCAUCCAUCGUCAUCGUGUCCCUCCUGAAUGUGUACUACAUUGUCAUCCUGGCCUGGGCCACAUACUACCUAUUCCAUUCCUUCCAGCAGGAGCUCCCCUGGGCCCACUGCAACCACAGCUGGAACACACCACAUUGCAUGGAGGACACCCUGCGUAGGAACGAGAGUCUCUGGGCCUCCCUUAGCACUACCAACUUCACUUCGCCUGUCAUCGAGUUCUGGGAGCGCAAUGUGCUCAGCCUGUCCUCUGGAAUCGAUGAACCAGGUGCUCUGAAAUGGGACCUUGCACUCUGCCUCCUCUUAGUCUGGCUUGUCUGUUUUUUCUGCAUCUGGAAGGGUGUUCGAUCCACGGGCAAGGUCGUCUACUUCACCGCCACUUUCCCGUUUGCCAUGCUUCUGGUGCUGCUGAUCCGUGGACUCACCCUGCCGGGUGCUGGCGAAGGCAUCAAAUUCUACCUGUACCCUGACAUCAGCCGCCUCGAGGACCCACAGGUGUGGAUCGAUGCCGGAACCCAGAUAUUCUUUUCCUAUGCCAUCUGCCUGGGGGCCAUGACCUCACUGGGAAGUUACAACAAGUACAAGUAUAACUCGUACAGGGACUGUAUGCUGCUGGGAUGCCUGAACAGUGGUACCAGUUUUGUGUCUGGCUUCGCAAUUUUUUCCAUCCUGGGCUUCAUGGCACAAGAGCAAGGGGUGAACAUUGCUGAUGUGGCUGAGUCAGGUCCUGGCUUGGCCUUCAUUGCCUACCCAAAAGCUGUGACUAUGAUGCCGCUGCCCACCUUUUGGUCCAUUCUGUUUUUUAUUAUGCUCCUCUUGCUUGGACUGGACAGCCAGUUUGUUGAAGUCGAAGGACAGAUCACAUCCUUGGUUGAUCUUUACCCGUCCUUCCUAAGGAAGGGUUAUCAUCGGGAAAUCUUCAUCGCCAUCCUGUGUAGCAUCAGCUACCUGCUGGGGCUGUCGAUGGUGACGGAGGGUGGCAUGUAUGUGUUUCAACUCUUUGACUACUAUGCAGCUAGUGGUGUAUGCCUUUUGUGGGUUGCAUUCUUUGAAUGUUUUGUUAUUGCCUGGAUAUAUGGCGGUGAUAACUUAUAUGACGGUAUUGAGGACAUGAUUGGCUAUCGGCCUGGGCCCUGGAUGAAGUACAGCUGGGCUGUCAUCACUCCAGUUCUCUGUGUUGGAUGUUUCGUCUUCUCUCUUGUCAAGUAUGUACCCCUGACCUACAACAAAGUCUACGUGUACCCGGAUUGGGCAAUUGGGCUGGGCUGGGGCCUGGCCCUUUCCUCCAUGGUGUGUAUCCCCUUGGUCAUUGGCAUCCUCCUCUGCCGGACGGAGGGACCGUUCCGCGUGAGAAUCAAAUACCUGAUAACCCCCAGGGAGCCCAACCGCUGGGCUGUGGAGCGUGAGGGGGCCACACCUUUCAACUCCCGCGCAAACCUUGUCAGGAACGGCGCACUCAUGAAACCCAGUCACGUCAUCGUGGAGACCAUGAUGUGAGGUCCUGGCCAUAUGACAGGCGCCACUUUCCUGCUGUUUACUAACAUUAGAUUCUCAUAGGACCAGGUUUACAGAGCUUUAUAUUUGUACUAGGAUUUUUUUUAAUUGUCACAGAAAAUGUUACUCUAUGUGUAUGUGUGUGUAUCAUGUGUCUGUAUAAGUGUACUUUGUUUUGAUUUGGGGGAUAUUUUGUACAAAAAGAACCUACAGGCCUAUGUCCUGGGGAGAGGAUGGGCUUUCUUAUUGAUUUUGAUGUAUUUUAUGGGAACUUGGUAAACUUUUCUUUGUAUUUUUUUAACAUAUAAUUAUAUAUACUUACAGUCUGUUAUACACUUUACCACUUGAAUUGGUCAUGCCAGCGAUUUUCAAAAGCAAUUCUUCGGUGCUUAUAUAGCUGGCAGAAAGUUCUGCCCAAAAACAAACAAAAAGAGAAAGAGAUAAAAAAUACUAAAUGCUGGGUGGAAUUUUCCUAUGAUGGUGGAUAUAUCUUCAAGAAAGGUCUAGUCCCCUCUGGGCUGGUUCAGGAGGAAGAAUGCAGCUGAGGAGAGGGAGCCCCGCUAGCUGAACAGACCUGAGGAGCAGGAGAGAAUAGGGCUGUGGGGAGAACCCUCGCUCUUUCCCUGCCAACAAGAAAGAUGCCAAAACAACAAUCCCACCCUCAGCAUGAAGGAUUGAUUUUAAGAGUAGCCGAAGCUAUUGUACCAGGGCCAAACCCCCUCCCUUUUGUUUUGAAGUAGAGGGUGGGGACUCAGUGGGCUUGUCUGAAUCACCGCUGGUCUUAGGGGCAGGAAUGGGAAGUCUAGAAGGCAGAUGAGAAUGGGCCUGGGGGCUGGGAGCCUCGGCUGGCUUAGGCAGAAACCUCGGCCGUCCCCAGGAGCUGCCAGGGCUUUGGGGUGAGGAUCACACACAAGAAGGGGCUGUUGUAUUUGAAUGGCGUCAUGGCGGGUAGGGAUCAGGGCAUUCCCCAAGCAGAAUGCAUUUUGGUGAGGGCCAGGAGGGGGAAGCCAGUGGACCAAAGGAUAUUAGCAGCCCAGGGAGUUGAGUGUACCCCAGACUGGCAAGUGUACCCCAGGAGGGCACUUUCCUUCCUUGUCUCUCAACAAGCUCUCGUUAAAGAUGCCACCCGAGGGCCAUCCAGCUCCCAGCACAAAAUGCUCAGAGUGGCUGUAGAUGUAGGAUUUAACCUAAAGUGAAGAGCCAACUUGGUAGUGACCUUAGAUAUUGUUUCCAAGCCACCACAGUGGCUGCUGGACAGGUGUUUGCCUCCUCUCCCCCAGGGAACUGAAGAGAGAAGACAAAGGGAAAUUUGUAGGUUGAGGUUGUCUCCACAGAGACCAGUGCCCCAGACAGGGCUGUUUCCUUCUGAACCAGUAGAGGGCGCUACACCUUCACCCCAGCCUCCACUGGGCCCAACUGUGCCAUCCAGAACCUCUUUUUUGACAAAUGUACACAUUUUUCUGUCUCCAAAGCAAUGUACUCUGCCAAGUGACCCUCUAGUCCUCUUCCAGUGGUUGUUGAGUCAGCCACCCGUGGAUACUACCGUGUUCCUAUUGUCCUGUGUAUUUCUGGUUGCUCUUGUGUUAUUGUGACUGUUGGAGUUUUUCUUCCCCGAUUUUACCAACUUGUAAUGUGCCCCGUUUUUCUUUUGUUUUAUGGAACCUUGAAAGUAACCACUGUGGGUGAUUGAAGACAGGUAACGUGUAAGGGGAAGGGGGCUCAUCCGGCUGCGGCAGCAUCUACGGUCAUGCCUGUCUACGCUUCCCCUCCACCAGGCACGCCACUCUGGUGAGCCUUCAGUAUUUUGGGUUGGCGGACAAAUGGCACCAUUCUGGAAAUGGCCUGAGAAGGCCUUUUUAUCAUUCCCAGAUCAAGUUCUAGACCAAAGACGCAGCCGGCCAAGUCCCCAGGCCCCGCCUGGGUGGAAGGCCCGUCACCUCCAGAACCCACUCCCCAAAAGUGUCCCUGUACUUGUCUUCAAUGCCUACCACUCUCACCCAGCCCCUGGCCCUGAUGGCCCUUGCUGUGAUGCUUGUGUUUCUAUGUCUGCAUGUAAGUAACAUUUUGAAGUAGAGCUUGUGACUCUGGUCCACCUGCCUCUUGGAGAGAGGGCUAAGCGGUCCGCCAACCAGCCAGCCCUUGCCCGGAACAGGUCAGACUGCGCCCUGCCUGCCUGUUAGAUGUGGGCAGGAAGCAAGGUACAAUGUCAGUUUUAGAUGAGGACCAGGGUGGGCCCGGGAGGACUCAACUGGGGGAUGUUAUUUGGUCCCAAGAGGUAUGUUAGUCCCCAAGUGGAGGAUCCCUGGUAGGCACGGUGGACAGUCCCAAAGGUCUCCCAAUCCAAGGCACUUUUGUAAACAGGAAAACUGAGGCCUGGAGUAGAAGAGACCUGCAUUGGGAGCUGAGUGGCCUGGAUAAUUGAGUCGUUUGUUGCUCUAGGCUCUCCAAGGUCUGGGCAGAAGGAAAGUAGGACCUGGGCAUUGUUGAGUUACUGUCAGGCCUACCCUGACAGCCAAAGGCCAGACUGAUAAGGGCUUUCUGCCCAUGCUCACGGAGCAGAGAGCGGCACCCACUUCUGCCCAUCCUCAGUCUCCUGCUCACCCCAGCCCCAUGCUACCCUCUGUCCCCCCAAAGCCUUUAGGAGCUAGGAAUUGAUCAUACACCCCAUCCAGGAAACUAAGGGCCAAAGACACACCAGUGUGAAGAGCCUUAGGUAGGAUGUAAUGGCAGGCCUUCGGCCUCCAUGCAGCCCAAGGCUAUGCAGGAAGUAGCCUAAGGAGUUGGUGGGGAAGGUUCCCUCUGUGCUUCUGGCCCCAGUCCUCAUAUCCUAACACCCUGGAAGACCAUGCAGACCAAGGCAAAGCAUGAGGAGAAAGCAGCAUGUUUUCCCUCUGCACAGGAAGGGCUUUCUGUAUCGCAGGGUGUCACUACCCUGGCCGACAGCAUUCCAGCCCUGCUCCUCUGGAUGGACGGGGCAAUGCUCUAGGCAACCAGUCUAAAUAGGCACCGGUCGCGUUCCUCUCUCCAAGACGCAGACACAAGCCAGGAAGGCCCCUUAGAGAAGGCCCCUCUCAGUCCCAUGCAAUCCCGAGACCCCUGUCUCUAUGGACACUGUAAAUACCUCUGUGUGCACACCCCUCCUUCAUCAAGUCUAAAACCACACACACACACACACACACACACACACACACACACACACACACACACACACACACACACACACACACCCCAGAUACACCAAGAUAGAGAGGGGCGUCCCGGAAGCCAGGAGUGCUCCUGCCUCCCCUCCUCCACGCUGACCUCCCAGUCGUUGGGUCUUCACAGGAAGCUGGUUUUCCAUGUUCUUUAGGAGGGCUGUGGUGUCGUUACAGGCAUGUUCUGGCAUGUUCCCUGAAGGGCAGAGCAUCUUGUUAUAUAUUUGGCUUCAAAAUGAGAUGGUAGCUCCAUUUUUUUUUAAACCCAAUUAAUCCUUCCAAUCUCUAACAACUGUGACUCUGUAUUUAGCACAAGAGAAAGCUGAGAACGUGGGUUUCGCCUCCUUCAGAAAUAUGUCUAGCUCAUCAGGACAUUUUUUAAUAACUUCAAAAUAUUUUUAAGAUAUUUUAAACUUUUGUAAAAAAUAAAAAACAAAAAAACAAACACACACACACAGAAAAACCUGAAACCAACCAACAAGGGGAGGAGCGUUCGUGUUUGAAGGAUCCGUGGUGUGUGACCUGUCUUGCAGUGUAUAAGCUCUGUGUAUUGGUGUUUAAUGAUGACGCCCCUGCAUUUUGCAGGGUUUCGUUUUUUUUUCCUCUUUUGCUUUUUAGAUGAAUAUGUAUAUUGAUAUUUUAAAUCCAUCUCUGCUUUUUUUAGAGGAGUUUAUAAUCACCUUGUAACACAACAAUAAACAUUUCCUUUUUAAAAUCCAA